AUGAAAGCCCAUUUUGCGGGGACGGUGCCGGCCCCGCGGGCAAGGCGGCGCAGCGCCUGCAGCGAGGCCGCCGGCUGCUGUCCGAGGGACCCCGGCUCCAACAGCUCAGCCCUCGGGCCUGACGGAGCCCUUCAGGAGGGCGGCACCUUCUCUCUGAUCAUUGAAGCUCUGCACACAGAUUCUUCUGACGACCUCGCAACAGAGAACCCCGAGAGACUCAUCAGCCGCCUGGCCACGCAGAGGCACCUGACCGUGGGCGAGGAGUGGUCCCAGGACCUGCACAGCAGCGGCCGCACUGACCUCAAGUACUCCUACCGCUUCGUGUGUGACGAGCACUACUACGGCGAGGGCUGCUCCGUCUUCUGUCGCCCCCGGGACGAUGCCUUCGGCCACUUCACCUGCGGGGAGAGAGGGGAAAAAGUGUGCAACCCCGGCUGGAAAGGCCAGUACUGUACCGAAGCAAUCUGCUUGCCCGGAUGCGACGAGCAGCAUGGGUUUUGUGACAAGCCGGGGGAAUGCAAGUGCAGAGUGGGCUGGCAGGGCCGGUACUGUGACCAGUGCAUUCGCUACCCAGGCUGUCUCCACGGCACCUGCCAGCAGCCCUGGCAGUGCACCUGUCAGGAAGGCUGGGGGGGCCUUUUCUGCAACCAGGACCUCAACUACUGCACACACCAUAAGCCCUGCAAGAACGGGGCCACCUGCACUAACACGGGCCAGGGAAGCUACACCUGCUCGUGUCGGCCCGGGUACACGGGGGCCACCUGCGAGACCGAGGUGGACGAGUGUGGCACCGGCCCCUGCAGGAACGGGGGCAGCUGCACGGACCUUGAGAACAGCUACUCCUGCACCUGUGCCCCCGGCUUCUACGGCAGGAUCUGUGAGCUGAGUGCCAUGGCCUGUGCGGACGGGCCUUGCUUCAACGGGGGGCGCUGCUCAGACAACCCUGAGGGAGGCUACACCUGCCGCUGCCCCGUGGGCUUCUCCGGCUUCAACUGCGAGAAGAAGAUGGACCCCUGUGGCUCCUCGCCCUGUUCUAACGGUGCGCAGUGUGUGGACCUGGGUGACGCCUACCUGUGCCGCUGCCGGGCCGGCUUCUCGGGGCGGCACUGCGAGGACAAUGUGGACGACUGCGCCUCCUCCCCCUGCGCCAACGGGGGCACGUGCCGGGACGGAGAGAACGAGUUCUCCUGCACCUGCCCCCCGGGGUACUCCGGCAGGAACUGCAGCACCCCAGUCAGCAGGUGUGAGCACUCGCCCUGCCACAACGGGGCCACGUGCCACGAGAGGGGCCGCAGAUACCUGUGCGAGUGCGCCCAGGGCUACGGGGGCCCCAACUGCCAGUUCCUGCUCCCCGAGCCACCCGUCCCCAUGGUGGUGGACCUCACCAAGCCGUACGUGGAGGGCCAGGCCGGGCCGUUCCCCUGGGUGGCCGUCGGUGCGGGCGUGGUGCUUGUCCUCACGCUGCUGCUGGGCUGCGCCGCCUUCGUGGUCUGCGUGCGGCUGAGGCUGCAGAAGGGCCGGCCCCUGGCGGACCCCUGCCGCGGGGAGACAGAGACCAUGAACAACCUGGCCAACUGCCAGCGUGAGAAGGACAUCUCCGUCAGUGUCAUCGGGGCCACACAGAUCAAAAACACCAACAAGAAGGUGGACUUCCACGGGGACCACGGUGCCGACAAGAAUGGCCUCAAGGCCCGCUACCCCGGCGUGGACUAUAACCUGGUGCCGGAGCUCAAGGGCCACGAUGCUGCCUCCGGGGACCCUCACAGCAAGCGUGACACCAAGUGCCAGCCCCAGGGCUCUGCGGGGGAGGAGAAGGGCACCCCGACACUCAGGAGUAGAGACGCAUCUGAAAGAAAACGGCGGGACUCUGUGUACUCGACUUCAAAGGACACAAAGUACCAGUCGGUGUUCGUCAUAUCCGAGAAGGACGAGUGCGUCAUAGCCACUGAGGUGUAAAAUUGAGGUGAUAUGGCAAAAUUCCCGUUUCUCUUAAAAUACAUAGAAUUCCAAGGAUCUAUGCCCCAACGGAUGCUGCUGAGAGGGAAAGGGAGACCUUCACGGACCGCUGCUGGACGAGGUCCCAGGGUCAGCCAGCGACGCGCGAGCGGGCGGCGGGCACGGGCGGUCCCAGGAUGCCUGUUGCACUCCGCCUCUACGACGUCUCCAUUGCACUAUGGACAGUUGCUUUUAAGAAAUAUAUAUUUAAGUGAAUGGACUGAAUUACGACGUGAGACGCAUGCACUGCCUGGAGUGUAUAUUUCGGAUUCUUAUGAGCCAGCCUUUCUUGAAUGAGAAUCACAAACACUGCCUUGAUCGUCCAUUUUGAUACUAAAAUGUGUUUUUCUAGGUGGAAAAAAGAUGUGUGUUAUUUUUUGGACUUGUAAGAAUAUUUUUCACGAUAUCUGUAAAGCUCGAGUAUUUUGUCAUGUUCAUUUUUUAUAAUUUAAAUUUUUGGUAAAUAUGUACAAAGGCACUUCGGGUCUAUGUGACUAUAUUUUUUUGUAUAUAAAUGUAUUUAUGGAAUAUUGUGCAAAUGUUAUUUGAGUUUUUUACUGUUUUGUUAAUGAAGAAAUUCCUUUUUAAAAUAUUUUUCCAAAAUAAAUAUUAUGAAUGAC